AUGGCGGAUCCAACCAACAUUCCUGCGCCAUCCCGUCGCUAUUCAUUAACCCGCGAGAACCACACCGUCACACCGGGCGUCGACAACCUCGGCCCAGGCUCACCAGGUGGUGGAAUCAGCGGCAUCGCCCUGGGCAUAGCAAACACUCACGAUCGCCAGAGCGGCAUCGACGCAUCCCACGGCAUAAACUACAUCGGUCCUGCAGAGCGCGACUACAACACCGCCGGCUCCGACACACCCUACAUUCCCUCACCAGGCUUCGUCAGCGCCGAGUCCCUGCGCGGCCAUUCCUAUGGCUCCAGUUCGAACAUGGGGCUCGGCGCCGCUGCCGCUUCCCCAGGCUUCCAUACACCCGCCCAGUCGUCACUGCAUCUGAGCGACUCCGCCCAGAAUCAGUACCCAGCGCCAUAUGCCGGUGUGAGCGAUGGGCCAUAUCAGCGCCAUUCCACCGCAUACAGCAAUGGGGACAUGAUCAAUCCGGAGGAAAUCGCCGAUGAUGGCGAUGAGGACUUCCCGCGGUCGCGAGGUGCCGCGGUGGGAGGGGGUGCUGCGGCCGGGGCGGCGGGGGGACUUUUCACGGGCUUUUUUGCGAAAGAGAAGAACGCCGAUGUGGCGUACAAUUCUGUUCCGGGGGGAGGAUUAGAGGCUGGGAAUGGAGGGGCGGGGACAGGGGCGGGUGUGGGGGCAGAAAAAGCCGCGAAGGGAAUGGAUAAUCGCAAGAAGAUGGGCUGGAUUGUCGGUCUCGUUCUUGGGUUCAUUAUUCUCGGUGCGAUUGUUGGUGGUGCUGUGGGCGGCACAAUUGGAAAUCGACACAAUGACAAUAAGUCGUCGUCGUCCAGUGCGAACGCUGGGGAUGGCACCGCGGAUGGAGAUACCAAGACCAAUGGAGACCUCGAUAAGGAUUCCUCGGAGAUCAAGGCUCUCUUGAACAAUAAGGAUCUUCACAAGGUCUUCCCUGGUAUGGACUAUACGCCCUGGGGUGUCCAGUACCCCGAUUGUCUCAAGUGGCCUCCAUCGCAGAACAAUGUCACUCGUGAUAUGGCGGUCCUCUCGCAGUUGACCAAUACCGUGCGUCUAUACGGUACUGACUGUAACCAGACGGAGAUGGUCCUGCACGCGAUUGAUCGCCUCGAGCUGAAAGAUAUGAAGCUUUGGUUGGGAGUGUGGAUCGAUACGAACACCACUUCCACUAACCGUCAAUUAGACAAGCUCUACAAGGUGCUCGAUGAUACAAAAGAUACCUCCAUCUUCAAGGGAAUCAUCGUUGGUAACGAAGCGCUGUACCGCGCCGGUGACACCAAAGCAAGCGCCAUGAAGGCCCUGAUCUCGUACAUCAAAGAUGUGACCAAGGAAGUGAAGAAACGGAACAUCAAAGACAUUCUCAUUGCCACAUCCGACCUGGGUGACAACUGGACUUCCGAGCUGGUCGAUCAGGUGGAUGUUGUCAUGUCGAACGUGCACCCCUUCUUCGCGGGUGUCAAUGUUGAUGUUGCCGCAGCCUGGACCUGGGACUUCUGGCAGAAUCAUGACGUGACACUCACCAAGGGCACCGACAAAAAGCAAAUCAUCUCCGAAGUCGGCUGGCCGAGCGGUGGUGGCAAGGACUGUGGUGAUAGCAAAGUCUGUGACUCUGACACGCCUGGCUCUGUGGCCAGUGUCGAUAACAUGAACACAUUCAUGAAUGACUGGGUCUGCCAGGCAUUGAAGAACGGAACAGACUACUUCUGGUUCGAGGCCUUUGAUGAGCCAUGGAAAAUCCAAUUCAAUGAGAAAGAUAAAGAAUGGGAAGACAAAUGGGGUCUGAUGGAUCCUGGGCGCAACAUCAAAAAGGGUCUCAAGAUCCCAGACUGUGAUGGCGAGACCGCCUCUUAG